CACCAUCCCCGUUCUUCCUCCUUUCUGUGUAGGACCAAAAAGAGACAUUCUGCUUCCCAAAGAAGCUAGUGGAGAGGGAUCUCUUUCAAGGAGAGGUAGGAUGGCGAGCAGAUUGUGGCUGGUGGCUUGUGCGCUGGCUCUGAUUCUGGAUGUCGCGGCUCCUCAGGACACGGUGUGCCAAGCAGCCGCUGGCAGAGAUGGACACCCAGGGACUCCAGGCAGGGCUGGGCGACCAGGACAGAAAGGAGAUCUUGGCGAGCCAGGGAGGGCAUCAAGGAGCACAGGCAUACAGGGACCCAAAGGUGAGCCAGGGCAGCCAGGCCCACCAGGCACGCCAGGUAACCAGGGCUACCGAGGCCCCGAUGGCCCCUCAGGCCCUCCUGGCGAAGAAGGAGACAAAGGCCAGAAGGGGCAGGUUGGCGACAGCAUGAAGCAGCCCCAAGCUGCCUUCUCAGCCUCUCUGAAGAACCACAAGCCUAUUGGCAAUGUAGUGGUAUUUGACAAUGUCAUCACCAACCAGGACAAUGGUUACAACCUCGAGACGGGCAAAUUUACCUGCAAGGAUGCUGGGUACUACUACUUCUCCUUCCAGGUGAUUUCCAAUGGCAACCUGUGCCUUCGCCUCGUGCACCAAGGCAACCAAGUAGCCACCUUCUGUGACAACAACAAGCAAGGCCUCCUGCAGGUCAACUCAGGAGGGAGUGUCCUGUACCUGGCUGUGGGUGAGAGCGUAUGGCUGGAGACCGACCCGCAGGGUGGGAACAACAUCAACAUCAGCAGCGAUGCAGACAGCGUGUUCAGUGGCUUGUUGCUGUUCCCGGCGGGUGCCUGAGGGACAGGGAAGAAGACAAAGCCAGCCCUUCUUCCCCAAACCCACCUCCCUCUUGCUACAAAGCUGCAACCACAAGGACGCUUUUGCCAGAUCAAUGUAACUGCACACACACACACACACUUCCUGGGGAUUGGGGGAGAAAGCCACAGAGUUCAAAAUUUGAGGGGAAGC